AUGGACAGUCUUCCACAGUGUGCUCUAACGUGCCUGGUCGGGGCCAUAAGCAACUCAACAUGCUCCCUGACAAACUUCGCCUGUAUCUGCGCCGAUGCACAAUUAAAUGCAGCGCUUGAGCCGUGUAUUGCCGGAAGCUGCACUAUCAAAGAAGCCUUGACCGCCCAGAAUUUCUCAUACUCAACAUGCAAUUACCCUGCCACUGAGGAUACAACGACCUUUCCUAGAGUAAAUGUAGUGGGCAUUAUCGUUGCGAUUAUUUCAGUUGCCCUGCGGACAACGAAUCGGAUACUUAUGUGGCAGACGGGGUGGGAUGAUUAUACCAUCAUCAUUGCUUUGCUUGUCGCUGCCGCAAUUUCAGGUGUUGGAUUUCCACUGCGCACGUAUGGUCUAGGCAAGAAUAUCUGGACCGUCCCCUUCGACCACAUUAAUGAGACCAUGAAGCUCUUCUUCGUCGAAGAAGUCCUCUACGUCGUCUGCAUCGCGGCAAUCAAAUGCUCCAUGCUCCUGCUGUACCUGCGUCUCUUCCCAAAUAAACCCGUGCGGUUAGCAAUCUACUCAGCUCUGGGAAUCACAAAAGUCUGGGGAAUCGGCAGUUUCUUCGCACAGGUAUUCUCCUGUUCCCCCAUGAGCUACUACUGGACUCAAUGGGACGGGGAACACGAAGGGAAAUGCAGCAACCAUAACGCGCUGCUGCUCGCUCAUUCUAUUAUCAAUAUCGUCCUGGACGUUGUGGUUAUCGCCCUCCCGAUGCCUGUUCUGUUGAGAUUACAAAUGCAAUGGGAGAAGCGCAUCGGGAUGUGUCUCAUGUUCGCUGUGGGUAUUGUAGUAACAAUAAUAAGCGUCUUCCGCCUCGUCGAAACAGUCGGCUUCAACAGCACAACAAACCCAACAAAGGACUUCGUCCCCGUAGGAAUGUGGUCCCUACUCGAAAUCGACGUCGGGAUUAUGUGCUCAUGCAUGCCCGGAAUCCGCGCUCUGAUUAAACGUCUCUACACAAUGUUCUUCCGGAAGCCAACAGGGUAUACAUACGGGUCUGGGUCUGGGUCAUCCCGACGCAGUAAACCAAGCGGUGGUGGAUCGAGUUCUCGUGAACAACGGUCCGGCUCGGCGCAUCAGCUUUCGUCGAAAUCAGAUAAUUCGAAUCUGGAGGCUGGUGCUGGGGGACGGUUUAUUCGGCUUGAGGAGGUGGAGGCUAGUGACCUUGAGCGUGAUGGUGAUGAUGGUGCGUGGCCGUUGCGCGAUGGUCCGCCGGUUCCGAGGAAGGAUUCUUUUGGACAUCAAGGGAGCUCUAGGAACCUGGCACCACCAGGGAAUAUGCAGGGCUGGCAUUCGCAAUACCCGUCCAGCCCGACUGCAACAAGGCUGUGGCCGCCGCCGCUUGUACCGCAGAGUAGAGAAGGCAGUUUGUUUUCGCUAAAGCCCAGCACGUCGAGGGCGAAUUCGGCGCAUUUUACGUGGUUCCGGGAUGGAGAUUCUUCAUAG